GUUCCGCACUUGUUUUUAUCACAAAAAUUGUAAUACUUAUUAAUAUGAACGAUGUAUCUAACUACUCAGUGGUUGGACGGAUAGGCGAGGGCGCUCACGGUCUGGUGUUCAAAGCCAAGUAUCUGCCGACGGGCCGGGAGGUGGCAUUGAAGAAAAUACUCAUCAAGAACCUCGAAGACGGCAUCCCGGUCAACGUGAUGCGAGAGAUUAAAGCCUUGCAGCUGUUGCGGUGUAAAUAUGUGAUAAAGCUAUACGACAUGUUCCCGCGCGGCAUGAGCCUGGUGCUGGUGCUGGAGUACAUGUGCUCGGGGCUGUGGGACAUGCUUCAUCAUCAUCAGGCCGAGCUCACCAUGCCGAGAGUCAAGACCUACGCGCAGAUGCUGCUGAAGGGGACGAGAUAUAUGCACGCGCAUUAUGUUAUGCACAGGGACCUGAAACCAGCCAAUCUACUCAUAAACUACAAAGGAAUACUGAAAAUCGCGGACUUGGGCCUUGCGCGUUUGUACUGGCCAGAUGGAGGCAGACCUUAUUCACAUCAAGUAGCGACACGAUGGUAUCGCGCGCCGGAACUUUUGUACGGGGCGCGCUACUAUAAUGAAAAAGUAGAUUUAUGGGCCAUUGGUUGUAUUAUCGUGGAAAUUAUCACGAAGCAGCCACUUUUCGCCGGCGAAUCAGACAUAGAACAGCUGGCGAUAGUGUUGCAACGGCUCGGGACACCAACGGAGGAAACUUGGCCCAACCAUUCCGAGCUGCCGGACUACCACAAAAUAACGUUCCCGGAGUCAACACCCAUGCCGUGGACAAGCUUGCUGCCGGGUGUAGAGCCUGACGCUAUACAUCUGAUUAAAUCCUUUAUAUUAUACGACGCACAAAAGAGGAUAUCAGCUAAAGAGGCCCUAUUACAUCCAUGGUUUCAACGUAUACCGCUUCCGGCUCCAAUGGAAGACAUGCCGAGACCUACAGGAAAUAAAAUUAAAUAG